CAACUUUUUUUGAGAAUAAAGUUCUUGGCCGCCGUAGAGAAUUUGGUAUCGUGCACGUACCAAGAGUUUAUUUGCACGUGAGCAACCACUGCAUCUCGAGGCAUUCUGUAUUUCAUAAUCGAAGAGCAUGAACGCCCCUUGAUAUUAUAUCGAUUAUUUCGUAUUUCUCUUACACGCGAAAGACUUCCGCAAACGCCACACACUAGCCGUGCCAAUUUUAAGGGCCAAUUGGCCGAUUAGCCCGAGCUGGCUUAAAAUGCAGUCGAUGGGAGCUCUUCUCGGUCCACACAGCAGAGGCGCAUUGAGUCGCUGUAUUAAACCCUCGAUACGGCCAUUCUCGAGCAUUCAUGCUUGCAAAAUAAAGGUGUCCAAGGCACCGUCUACUCGCCGGCAAUCGAGACCCUUAAACGACCAAGGAAAACCCGAUCGCCAGAGUCAACGGCGAGAAUGGACAGAGGCGCUAAUCGGGAAUCGAAAAGCUACUAUUGCUCAAUUCACACUCGCCAAAAAGGCGGGAGCCUUAAAGAUUGAACCUGAACAUUCAAUCGAACUUUUAAGCUCUUAUUGCAAUGCAGUGGCAGGACCUGGCUGGGAGAUCCGUUUCUGUAGAGAACACAAAAUAGAUCCUCCUACCUUAGCCAUGGUUAGCAGGAUCCUGAAUAAGAAUCCUGCUCGCCCUCUGAGGAAAAUGGGGGAAAAUAUGAUGAUCUGCGCCGCAACGCUUGGCGACUUAAGUUCCAUUGUCGCCGUCCUGAACAGAUCUUUGCUGCAGGACAAUCUUCACCAUCCAGGUCUGCUAAUACCCAUGACCAAGCUCAAAUUCUACGCCAACCAAGGAAAUACAGAGGCAAUGGUAAUAUACGGCCGCAUCCUGGACCGCCAGAAGAAGCAUGCCGAAGCUGCCGAGAUGUUUCAGAAAGCUGCAGAGACUCCGCGUGACGGCUCCGUCGAUGCUGAGAUUGGCAACGCGUUGGUCCAGCAGGGAAAUCUCUGUUAUCGAGAUGGCAAGAAGGAGGAGGCGAGGAUGAGCUUCAAGAAAGCAGCGCUUGAGUUUGAUAACCCAGAAGGUUACUAUAAGUUGGCAUCAAUAAUGCCAGACCAGGACUCAUUAAAAGAGACCUACUUGCUCAAAGCUGCUGCAUCUAGGAUCAGAGAAGCAGUCGUUGAGGUUGCUGCCUUGUAUGGGAGAACCGCAGGGUUACACGCAUCGUCUGAGGAAAGAAAGCAAGCAAGACUUCUCGCGGUCGAAUGGCAGAAGCUGGCGUCACAUCAGGCGCCUACAACAAAGUGAUAUAGCUGCAUAGAACGGGGGGGGUUCAGACAUGGAUCAAAUGUAUAAUAUGUAUUAUAUGCAGUGGUUGAUUUAUUUGACUGUUUGGGUCUAUCAAGCACUCGGUGCACACAUACACUGUCUUAACGUCACCCCCCCCCCAGCCUUAGGUGGUAGCUGUCGAUCUUCGCGUCAAGAAACAGAAGGUACUUCCACAGUGGGAUUUAAGCUAACCCCACUAUUUCCACCACGGCCAUAAGUAAUAUGAGUUGGUGUGAUCACUGGAUCUCCUUUCAGCGCCUUCUCUCUUUCAGCUCCAUAGCCCAUCCCUCUCCGGCUGACAGCGCCAUUGGCAUUUUAGCGACGCCCCUUGCACCACUCGCAUCUUUAUACUGCCAGCGCCCUCGGUAAUUGCCUACCCACCUAUAAACAAGCCUUUGUUUGAAUGCCUCCCGCCGCUAGACACGUCACAAACAUGAGGCGUCAGUAGAAUGGACUCGAGGCCCUCAUGGCCUUUGGGCCGUCUCAUGAUCGCAUCGCACGGCACCAAUGGCAAUCCAUCGGCCGCACAGCAAUUUGGAGCUUGUGGAAAGCAUGCCUCUCACACUCCUUCGAAAAAUCAAUGUACCUCUGGACAGAAGAAAGCGCCUGCAAAUCCUACCACGCAAUGAUGCUCCAGCGCGUCCUUUCGGAAAGGGUGCUAAGCACCAAAGAAAUAUACCGAAAUGCUGUCUACAACGAGACCAGCUUUACAUAAGUCUGGAAUGAGAACCCGCGAGAUAUCCGCAUCCUUAAGGGACCGCAAUGCCUCCACAAUCUCCCUUCACAUUUAGACUACGACCUAAGUCAACUACAGACUACAAAUACCCUCACAACGGACCCCAUUGCCCCAACUCAAACGCCUGAAGAGGGACAGUGGGACACUAUACCGAUAUCACCAAGUGCUACAGUCCACAUUUGAUUGAAUUAUAAAGGGCGAUGACGGGCCUCUCUUUACCCAUACAAAUGAGAACCCCCAACCCCGAAAUACCAAACAAAAGAGUGAUGGAACAACGGUUCAACUCCGUUACGAAGCUCCCGGUGGCAACAUACCUCUCCUACCUAUCCUAACGGAUAGGAGACCAAAAACAACACCAAUGCUUCUUCUUGUGGCUUUUCGUUGUUUUUGCCUCUUUACUUAAGAUAGACCAAAAUGACAGUGGAUUUCCCGGUGA